CGCCCUGUUGGCCGAGCCGGGUUGCGUGAAGCGGAGAGCAAGAUGGCGCCGCUCUGGGUGCAGAAGGGAGGCUCAACGAGUGCCGGGGAAAGGCUGCUCUUAGCCGCGCUGCUUUGCCUGGGCAGCCGCUUUCUCCCCACCACAGACGCCACCGGCCAGGCGGAAGGUGGCACCGCCACUCCUACGGCGCCCCACCGGCGGUUCGAGUAUAAAUACAGUUUCAAGGGACCGCACUUGGUGCAGGGGGACGGAUCGGUGCCUUUCUGGGUCCACACGGGCAAUGCGAUUCCCAGUGCUGAUCAAAUAAGAAUAACACCAUCACUAAAAAGCCAGAGGGGGUCAGUAUGGACAAAAAGUAAAUCUGUAUUUGAAUUCUGGGAGAUUGAAGUGACCUUCCGAGUGACAGGAAGAGGGCGAGUGGGAGCAGAUGGAUUGGCUGUCUGGUUUACAGAAGGGCAAGGCUUAGAUGGUCCUGUUUUUGGAGCAGCUGACAACUGGAAUGGCGUUGGCAUCUUCUUUGACUCCUUUGACAAUGAUGCAAAGAAAAAUAACCCAGCAGUGAUUAUUGUGGGAAACAAUGGCAAGCUCCAUUAUGACCACCAAAAUGAUGGCUCCACACAGGCACUGGCAUCAUGUCAAAGAGAUUUUCGGAACAAACCUUAUCCAGUGCGAGCAAAGAUCACAUACUACCAAAGGACACUUACUGUAUUGAUAAACAAUGGCUUUACUCCAGACAAAGAAGACUAUGAAUUUUGUGCCAAAGUAGAAAACAUGGUUCUACCAUCUCAUGGGUACUUUGGGAUCUCUGCAGCAACUGGUGGUCUUGCAGAUGACCACGAUGUCUUGUCUUUCCUGACGUUCCAGUUGACAGAGCCAGGCAAAGAAGCGCCUGCCCCCGAUGCAGAAAUUCCUGAACAGGACAAAGAGAAGUAUCAAGAAGAGUUUGAGCAUUUCCGACAAGAGCUGGACAAAAAGAAGGAGGAGUUUCAGAAGGAGCAUCCUGAUGUACAAGGGCAACCCACUGAAGAUCUCUUUGAGACAGUAGGUGAUCGUGAGCUGAGGCAAAUUUUCGAAGGCCAGAACCGAAUUCAUCUGGAAAUAAAACAACUCAACAGGCAGUUGGACAUGAUUCUGGAUGAGCAGAGGAGAUACGUCUCUGCAUUGACAGAAGAGAUUUCCAAAAGAGGAAGUGGUGUUGCUGGCCAGCAAGGACAGGUCUCCCAGCAAGGAAUGGACACUUUUGUGAAAACACAAGAGGAGGUCCUAAGACAAGUCAGUGAAAUGAAAAACGCCAUGGGAGAAACAUUAAGGCAGGUUAGCGGUCUGCAGCAUGCUGGUUCUGUUGGUGGAGUUUAUGAAACGACUCAACACUUCAAUGACAUCAAAGAGCACCUCCACGUCGUAAAGAGGGACAUUGAGCAUCUAGUGCAGAGGAACAUGCCAUCAAAUGAAAAGCCCAAAUGUCCAGAGUUGCCACCAUUUCCAUCCUGUUUAUCUACGACACAUUUCUUUAUAUUCGUAGCAGUCCAAACAUUAUUGUUCAUUGGUUACAUCAUGUAUAGGACUCAGCAGGAAGCAGCGGCUAAGAAGUUCUUUUGAUGGCCAGUAUCGCACACUUGGUGUCCAUACUGAGUGCAGAGCAUUACAUGAGUUGUGAAUGAGGGAACUUUAGUGUUGAAAAUGCUUCAACGUGUAAUAUUUUUGAGUUCUAACUGAGUACACUGAAUUCUGGAUUAAAAUAUUGUAAAAUUCAAAAUAAUAACUGCUCUGUCCUUGAGAUUCCCAGAGAAACUGGAUUUAGGCCCCUUACUCAGCUACUGUACUGGGUACAGUGGUGACACAGGUCUUGCCCACAGAAUAUACUGCUGUCUGAUUUUGAACAGUUGGAGUGGUUAGGAAGAUUUGCUGUUAAUAUAUUUUUUAGAUAUCUAAUGGCAGAGUUCUUAAAAUUGUAUUGUUUUCGGGAAAGAAGUUGCAAAAUCUUCACUUACAUGGUGGACAAUAUUGAGAAGAGAUAUCAUAUAGCAAGUUUGCUGUCCAAAAAUUGCAGGGGGCAAAAAAACAGCAACGGCAGUCCAGAAAUCUUUAGGAAAAGAGCUCCAUUCUCACCCGUGGGUUUUUGGGGGUUUUUUGUGGAAGAAAAAUUUACAGAAAAUCGUAGUCCUUUCCAGCAUGUUUUGAUAUAGUUCUUUGUAUUUUUGACACUGACCAUACUUUAGUAAAAGUGUUCUUUAACUUCUCUUCAGCGAAGAGAUCUUACCUUGCAUGACUUCAAAAUUCACCUGGCUUGGACAUACCACCUGGUGGUGAUCUGUGUUAAAAAUAUUCACUGAGCUUUGUUACAAACCAUGCAGAUGUUCUAGUGAACAUUUCAGUUGUCUCCCGUGUAUUAAUGUAUACAUUAAUCCAGGAGCAUACGGUGACAGCAUUUUCAUAAAUUCUCCCAAUGUUAAUCUUUUAUGUUUACUAAGCCAGUAUUCUGUAUAAAAGCCCAGAAGUAUUCUGCAUCAAGCAGCCUUUACAAUCUCGGGAAACAGAAAAUACCAAUAUACUCUCCCUUGAUUUCAUCCUGUGAACUGUCUCUCUUACUGCUGCCUUCAGUCAUUACAGUUUUAAUAUCCAGGGAAAUAGUGAAUGAUUUUGUCUCUUGAUGUGCAUAAAUUAGAGUGAAGUUUUAUUAGAUCUCUCUAAACUGGCCGUUUAUCACUGUAAUGAUUCCAUAUUUUGGAUCCCCAGAUAUUGUUGGAUUUUACCUCCCAGAGUCUCUCCAUAGCCAGGUGGUGGUGAAGGAUUUAGGGAGCUGUAGGCCAACCUUAUUUGAGGAUGCUGUUCCUUUGAAAUGGCUGGACUACCACAUUCAGUAUUACUUACCUUGCAUUGUCCAGAAUAGCUUUGAUGAACAGAUCAAAUCUAUGCAAAAAUAAUAACCUGAAUCUCAGAUAUAAGUUUUUUCGUCUUCUCUCCCCUCCACGGCAUCAAUAGCUAAAAGUUCUGAACUUUUAGAUGGUAAUAUUUUUCAUUGCAUUUGUAUCUACACCUGAUCGAAAAAUCCACUGUUCAAAAUUAACAAUCCGUAUAUCACAAAUAAGGACAACUUAGCGAGCUGCAACAUUUUAGCUAAAGAAAAUCAAGCAAAAGGGCAGUUUGCCCAGUCACACCAGCAAGUAUUUUUUUUACAGGUGCCUUGAGUAAUUUUUUUUAAGUGUUUCGAAAAUGAUGUGCUGCUCACAACGGAUUGUUAGUGUUGAACAUUGGCCUUUGGUUUCCUCUGUCAACACCAAAGAAAGUGCCACGUCUAUUGCGGAAAUAUUUUUUUUCAGUGCUUUUUAUGCUGGAAUAAUUGAUUAUAUUAGGAUGUUUUUCCUUUUGGAAUAUACUUUGGGAAAUGUGAAUCCCUUUGUAGAAUUUUUUUCUAUAUUUUGUUUCAACAUGUGAAUCCUCCCAAUUGCAAUGCUUUCAAUUUGAGAAUUAAAAUAUUGAAGCAACCAAUGGUAUUGUUACUGUAUGUUGUUUUCAGGUAGAAUAAACACAAGCUUUGAAACGUCCCAAAGACAGGAAUUAAUGCUAAAGCAGUUCUCUCCUGGAAGACUGCAGGAUUUUGGUCUCACUAAUGGAAGUGGAGAAGAGUUGAAAUAAGUCUGUUUCAAAAAGCAGCUUUCAAAUGUUGUCCCUUUUGAAGGAGGCAAUUUGAGCAAAAUGCUACUUUUCAUUAUGGUGUAUGGUCAGAUUUAAUCAUUUCAUAGGCCAGUCUCAGUAUGUUGGAUAGUUGCUGGUGAAUGGGUGCAAGGGAGGAACUUUAAUGUUCUAAAUUCCAAAUGGUUGUUUGUAAAAGCAUUUCUGAUUGCCCUUAACUGCUGCAGAUAUUAAAAGUUUACAACCUAACAUGGAAAGGAAGUGAUGUCAAAUGAGGUAUAUCAAAUCACGGUUGCAUAAUGCAGAAUUCUCAUAAUGAGCAUAUCUAUACAGAGUUCUUUAGUCCACUGUUGUGUUAUGAAAACAUCGGCAAACAGAAUUUAACUAUAUUGUCCAAUCCUGUACACGUAAAACCAAGGUGUCCCAAGAUUUGCAUCGAAAACAUAUUUGAAUAAAAACAUAUUUUUAGCAACUGUCA